AUGGAGAGGAAGGAGAAAAAGGUAGAGAGAGCAGGAAGGAUCAUGGGAGGACACCCGGGGAAGAGAGGAAGAAAAGAGACGAGAGAGGAAGCCACGGCGGAGACAGAGGAAGAAGGGGGAGAGAGAAGUGCAGGCGACAGAAGGACCAAGAGAGGGGAAGGAGAAGCCGAGGAAACGGGGGAAGAAGAUAGGAAGAGCAGCCGGGGAGGGAGCGGAAGGGGCGAUACAGAGAAGGAGAGCGGGGCUCAAGGGAGACAAUGA